AUGAACGUCUCUCAGCUCGCAGUCUACCAGCUUCCAGACGAAGUGCAUACAAUGCAGAAGCGGACUACAGUGCCGUUUUACAACCGUCGUCGAGCAUUGGAGCAGCGCGAAAUACCAGUGAUACCUGACACCACUGCCACUCCUACGCAGUCGUCGUCACUAAGCUGGUUCAAUCGUCUGAACAAAUGGACAUAUAGUACAACAACCGGUUGCACCCCAGCUACAGUGACAUCGACUGUGACGGUAAAGGCAGCCUGUUCUUCAAUUAGUGUCCCGCAGGCUGCACCGAACACGACUUAUAUAGGUCCUCCGCUGUCGUGUAUGACUACGUCUGCUGCGGCAUCGAUAGCCGAUCCCGCGUCUUCGGCAUCGAACUGCACUUGCGACAAUGAUAGAGUCGAUGAUCCCAUCUUUCAGAGGCCCAACGGACAGGUCUACGUCAGUCCAACCUCAGUAUUGAGACCGACAUCAUUCUCAACACAAGAUACAUCACCAGUGUUUCAACGUCCCAACGAACAGCCUUAUGAUAUCCCUGCGCCAUUGCCAUCGUCCAUGGUGAAAAGGCAGGUUGCCGAUUGGAGCCGCAUUGCAUACUACACGUCAACAGCACCGGCCCAAGCUACUGGACUCAGUUUCAUGGCCAAUCUGGGCGACCCCCAAAAGUCUGGUACUUUCGACUAUGCCUUCGGAAACUCGCUCAGCUAUGUCACUCCUCGAGGUGACAAGGUAGCAGCCGAGAGUCUACCAUUCAACGGCAUGCUUCAAACGUCUGAAACAGAAAUCGUAGUUCUAUCUGACAAAGAGUGUGACGCGGCCUGUCCAUACUGGAGGCCAAACGCAACCUCUCACUACGGCUGGUCCGGCUCAUCAAAAGCCUUCUUCAUCGAAUUUCAAAUGGACCACUACCCCAACCUCGGCACAGACCAAGGCAUGCUCUCCGAUGCUCCAGCCUACUGGUUCCUCAACGCAGCCAUCCCCCGUAUCCUACAGUAUGGCAGCGACCGCAACAACAUCCCUUGCUCGUGCUGGUCCACUGGAUGCGGCGAAUUCGACGCCUUCGAGCUCCUAAGCAACGGCGCAGAACGAGCAAAGUCGACUAUACAUCGGCAGGGAAAUUUGGAGGGCGGGGACUCGAAUUACUUCAGCAGACCUGUUGGACAGACGAUGAAGUUUGCGGUUGUGUGGCAUUAUCCGCAUAUUACAGCGUUGGUGUUGGACAACAAGUUUGACUUUUCGCAAAGCAUGUCGGAUGAUGCGAUGAAGAAGUUGGUGGCGUAUGAUCCGGAUAGCUGGGUGCACUCGCUGUAUGCUAUUGGGGACUGA